AUGGCGAUCACACGCGCCUCCUUUGCCAUUUGCCUCCUCCUCUCUUUGGCCACCAUAGCCACCGCUGAUUACUACUCUCCCUCAUCUCCUCCGGUUUACAAAUCACCACCGGUCUACACUAAGCCAACUCAGCCACCUCCGCCUACACUCCCAUACACCCCACCGGUUUACAAGCCUACCCUCUCACCUCCGGUCUACACUAAGCCAACUAUCCCACCUCCGGUUUACUCUCCACCGGUUUACAAGCCAACCCCCUCACAUCCGGUCUACAAAAAGUCUCCAAGCUAUUCUUCUCCACCUCCAUAUGUCCCAAAACCAACCUAUACUCCACCCACCAAGCCAUACGUCCCAUACGUUCCAGAGAUCCUUAAAGCCGUUGAUGGUAUCAUCCUUUGCAAAAACGGCUACAAAACCUACCCAAUUCUAGGAGCAAAGAUCAAGAUCGAGUGCACCAAGCCAUCAUACUAUGGUAAGAGCGAGAAGGUGGUUGUGAUCUACAGCAAUCCAACUGACUACAAGGGAUACUUCCACGUGUCGUUGUCCAACAUUAAGGACAUAGCUCAGUGCCGAGUCAAGCUCUACACGUCUCCACUCGAGACUUGCAAGAACCCGACCAAUGUCAACAAGGGUCUCACUGGAAUUCCCUUAUCGUUGUACGGAUACCGUUACCACUCCGACAAGAACUUGAACCUCUUUAGCGUCGGACCUUUCUACUUCACCGGUCCCAAGGCUGCUCCCACCCCUUCCAAAUACUGA